UGCAGCCACACUGCGCUGUCAAACUGUGCAAAAGAGUUACAGUGCUGCUCUUUUAGUUUUGCUUUUUCUGUUAGCAGCAUAAGCUCUGAAAUGUACAAUGUACAUUUAGGCUUUUCAUAUUUGUUUAUAUUUUUAUAGACACUUUCCCCUCUCUCUUUCCUCACUUCACCCCACUGAUCAGUGGAGUUUUUUCUGUGCACUGCACAUGAAAGUAAAAUCAAACUGGGGGAAUGUCUCAAGAAGGCUUCAUUUUUAAGAGGACAUGUUUUAGUGAAGAGGAGAGGAAAAACCCAGAGGAAUGACAGCGUGGGAAAAAGAUGGCACUCAGAGGGGACCAUUAACUACCAAAUGGAGAGGAUCUUUAAAAGAUGGAGGACAUAGGAGGAGAAGCUGUACAGGAUAGGAUGAGUUGCGGUUGGAGGGGGAUGGAGGGACAGAGAAUGGCGUGAGGACCGAGGACAGUGGUUGGUUUGAUCUGAGCCACGUGUGCGUCCAGCCACGUCUCUUCGCUGCUUCGUGGAUACCGAUGAAACGCUGGUUUUCCAUGUCGCCCGGUCCCUUCUGUCUGAGCCCAGGUAGGUUUCCUGAGAUGAGAUGAUGCACGGGCCCUCGAAGCACAAAUUGGGCAGUUUUUCCUCAGCCUGCCGUUCUUUAGCAGUUUACAGCUUAGUUACUAGUGUUGAGGUAUAUAAGAAGCACUCGAAUCGGUAGAGUGUGAUUGUUCUCCAUCGCGCCCAGAUAUGAACCCCUUCGAGCAAACAGCGACGAAGCACAAGAGCACCUGAAUAAGGAAAACUCCACUGAUUAUAAGGAAGUGAAAACUGGAUCUAUUGGCAGUGCCAUCAAUCUACUAUAUGAUAUGCUUAAAACCAAGACUCAAGGUGAGGAACACGCUCUACCUCCACAACACUGGGCAGCCAUGAACUCUGCACUGCCACCCUCUCUCUCCUCAGCCAUGAGUAUAACUGUAAGCUGAUAGUAUGUGAUCAACCACACUGUGGGGCCGACAUCCUGCUGCUUCACCUUCUCAAUAAAUCCUAGCUGGACAACAACAAUACUAAGUUAGCGCUUUCAAAAUGGCAGAUCAGAAUUUACAGCACAGCACAGAGGACAACAACCUUCAGCCAGCUGAUUACCCAACGUCAUCACUAGCAUCGCUCCAUCUCAGGGACGAGGCUGUCGUCACAAUUGAGAACACCAACCAAAUCGGGGAUAAUCCUGAGACCCGUUCAGUAUGUCCUGUGGUGAUGUCAUCAGUGCUUAACCAAUCACAACAGCAGGGAGACAUAUCCAUGGCUAUCAUGCCUGAGCCUCACCCAGCAGAUCAAGAGUUCUUGGAAAGUGAAAUGGGCCAAAGUGAAAGUGAGGCGCAGUCCGACACCCUGGCAGCGUUCUUGCAGGACCUUUCCUCUCAUGAUCAUAAUGAUGGUACGUCUCUUCCAGGAAAAACCAACAGCAGCAAGGAAGGAGAAAUUUAUCCAGAGAACAAAAUAUACAAAGCUAUGGCAGAAUGUGACUGCAGCACUGAUGACCACCAGCUUUUUGAAGCAGAGUGGUACUGGGGCAACAUCUCAAGAGAGGAAGUAAACGAGAUGAUGAGAAACACUCCUGAUGGUACAUUCCUGGUUCGAGAUGCUUCCAGUAGGAUUAAAGGAGAAUACACGCUGACAUUAAGAAAAGACGCUUCAAACAGACUAAUUAAAAUCUUCCAUAAUGGGGGCAAGUACGGCUUCUCUGAGCCACUGGCUUUUUCCUCUGUAGCGGAUCUGAUCCAGUAUUACCAGAAGAAGUCACUGGCCCAGUACAACUCUAAACUGGAUACACGACUACUCUAUCCAAUAUCCAGAAACCAGCAGCAGCAGGUUGUGAUGGAAGCUGACAUUGAUGCAGCUGGAGAACAGCUAAGGAUAUUUCAGGAUCAAUACAAAGAAAAAAGCAAAGAGUAUGACCGCCUAUUCGAGGAGCUGAAUCUGACAUCCCAGGAACUGCAGAGCAAGCAAACUGCCAUUGAGGCUUUCAGCGAAAUCAUUCGGAUCUUUGAGGAGGAAUGUGAAACCCAAGAGCGCUACAGCAAGGAAUACAUCGACAUGUUCCUCACAUUAGACAGCAGUACAGAAUCCGACAAGAUUCAAAACAAUUCAGAUGAACUACAGUCGAGGGUGGAAGAGAUCCACAGCAGCAAGAAGAAGUUAGAGGAGGAGCUGAGGAACAAGGCACUGGUUCACAUGGAGGUCGACAGGAAAAUGAACAAACUGAAGCCUGACCUUGUGGAGCUCCGGAAGCUCAGAGAUCAAUACCUGGUCUGGCUAACUCAACAAGGCACCAGGCAGAGCCAGAUAAAUGACUGGCUCGGUAUCAGGAGUGAAGAAGAAGACCCAUACACCCUAGCAGAUGAUACCCACCAGGAGGAGAGGAGCUGGUACGUUGGUGCUAUGAGACGAAAGGAGGCGGAGGAGCUGCUGAGAGGGAAGAGAGAUGGGACAUUCUUAAUCAGAGACAGCCAGACUCGGAGAGGCUCCUUUGCCUGCUCUGUCGUUGUGGACGGGGAAGUGAAACACUGUGUAAUUUACAGGACGUCCACGGGAUACGGCUUCGCUGAGCCCUACAACCUGUACUCAUCACUGAGAGAGCUCGUCCUUCACUACCGUCACACAUCCUUGAUCCAGCACAACCAGCAGCUGAAUGUAACCCUGGCCUGGCCCGCUCUCAGCCAGCAGCCCAGCUGAGACACACCAGCACACACCCAGUAACAGUACUGUGGACACACCCAAACGGACACUAUUACCAGGCUCAAAACAGCAUACCGGUUAGUGUCAUCACCGCACUAAAAUAUUCAGUGCUAAAAUUGGAUAAUAAUCUAAACAUUGCUUUUAUGCCAAACAAAAGUCAUUUUAUUACUCUUUUGUCAUUAUUAUCAUUUCUGUGUUUAAAAAGCCAAUUUACUUUUCCUCACCACCCAAAGUUUGCCAGAAGCUUUUGCAGAAGUCAGCAGUAAAUAUUCAACUAAACUGUCUUAGUACAGAAUUCAGCCUCACCAGUUUCCCCAAAGUGUUGCAAAAAGCUGUGCAGUGAAUUGGAUUCUGAAUACAACCCUUUCAUUAAAAGAGUCACAAAAUAUUUAGGAAAACACAAAUAACAAAAUUUGUCAUUGCAAUGUUGAUUUCAAUUAUUCUUUAGUCCUGAAGCUAAAACAAUCCAGCACAAGUUUCUGUAUUUUUACCUAGACACAAGCACAAGAAAUUACUAUUUUAAUGAAGAAGCCAAAUAUAAAAUAGCUUCACCGCUAUCAAGUUUUUGUAUUUAUAGUUGGCCACUCCUGACCUCUACCACACUUGUUUUAACUUGUUUGAACAAAAACAAACCAGUGUGCGUUUCUUAAAUUGAUUUCUUAAGCUUCUUAAUCAUCUAACAAAUGCAUAGAAACAGUGAAGCAACAACAAUAUGAACAGGAAAAAAAAGCCCAGUAUGGGACAGAACCACCCUGCAUUACUGACUAUGGCUAUUUUAAGGCCAGAGCAUCCACACAAACACUUUCAAAAUAAGAUAACCUGAAUACACGCAGAGGAUUGGAUUCCUGUAUUUUAAGACUUCUCCAGUUCAACUUCACAUUUAGAUGAUAUUGAUAUUUUCAUUUUCUGAUAAGGAGCGGCAAAUUUGGAUCAAAAAGUUUGUGAAAUACCAGGUGUAAGUGUGUGGGGUGUUAGAACUAAUGGAGCAAGAGGUUGAAAGGCUAGUCUAACUGCUUUAAUGCUGACUGAUCUGGUCACAUUUGAGGCUUCUUAGGCGCAAACAUGACAUUACAAACCUACAUUAAGUUAUAGUUAUGAAAACUAACCUUAAUAAGGGUCAGUAAGGAAUUUGACAGGAUUUGGACCUGCUCAGUGAGAAAUCUAAAUUUAACAGUCAUUUGGUUUGAAGUGAUUUGUGGUUGGAGUCCAGGAGAUUUGUUAAUUCAAUUCAGUUCUAUUUUAUUUAUACAGCGCCAAAUCACAACAACAGUCGCCUCAUGGCGCUUUAUAUUGUAAGGUAGACCCUACAAUAAUACAUACAGAGAAAUACCCAACAAUCAUAUGACCCCCUAAGCAAGCACUUUGGUGACAGUGGGAAGGAAAAACUCCCUUUUAACAGGAAGAAACCUCCGGCAGAACCAGGCUCAGGGAGGGCCGGCCAUCUGCUGUGACUGGUUGGGGAGAGAUAAGGAAGAUGGGAUAAAAAACAAAGUUAAGAAGCCUGAUGUGAGGUGACCUUACAAGGUUAUACUACAGGACUUCCAGGUUCAUAGCAAACUGUAGAAUAGUGCCUUUAAGUGCUUCUUUCCAACCAACAUGUUUCUCUUGCAGACAACAACAGUCUGAUGAACCAAACAGAUAGACAAACCAAUCUCUAGUUGAAUAUCUUAUAGCAAGGUAGUUGCUACUUCCCUAAAUGCAUGGCUUCUGAUUAUAAAAACAAAGGUUAAUGAUUUUAAUGAUUUUAGCCAUGACCCUGGUGGCUACAAACUGUCAACAAAAGACACAAGGAAAAAGAAGCAGGUAUGAUUGGUUUGUGAAAGCAGUGUGUGUGUUGUGGCGUUUUUUAAAGGCUUUAUAUUGAGUUUAGAUUUUAAAUUUUCUACUUUUUUGGAUUGAGAAUGAUAAAAAAAAAGGGGAUUGGUACCCACUAACAAAUUUCGGUUAUAUCAACACCACUAGCACAUAACAUAGAGACUUACAACUGACCAAACAGCUGUAACAAUUUUUAUCAUUACUGCUAGAAUUUUGCAGGCAUAUUCGCUAGCUAGGUAUUAACUAAUAAUGUAAAGAUUCCAACUAUGGGGACCAAAAACAGUAUGUUACAAUAAAAUUAGAUAGGUAAUGAUUUUUUAGUUUUUUGAACCACACCAGCAGACCAUACCUGAGAAGUUUUUUUUCCUCUUAAGUGUAAAUGAGAUAUAUACACGGUAGAAAAUUGUGUCUAUAUUGAUAAAAGUAUCAUUUAAAAUUAAAACUGUUUACAUUUCAGAUCUAUCCAGGUAUGUGCAGCCCUGGAUAAGUAGCAGGUUUGUAACCCAGGGACUUCUUUGAUUGUGCAAUUUUUGAGCAGAGAUGAAGUGGUGCUUGUGGAUAUCAUCAAUUAAACUAUUUUUAUAGAGGAGAACACAGCAGUGAAUAAACCUAGCUUGGUCUGCCCAUGAAUUAAGAAACAAUUAAACAUAUAUAAAGAUAUGAAGAGUUAAUUUUACAUAUCGUGACCUGUAUAUAUUUUUUCUUGUGUCAUCGGGUCACAUUAAAAUGCACUUCUCUCUUUAUGGUCACACGUUCUUGAUUGUCAUUGCAUAUGUACACUUGAAGUUAAAUGUCAGACUGUUUAUUGCCACGAAGGGAGAGAAACUGUCAGGUUCCUACUUUAUGGCAGUGAAAAGGUGUAUAUGUUUGAUUUUUGCAUGCUAUUAUUGUGUAACAGGUUUUAAAAGGUAUAAUGCAUAUUACUAAAUCAGAAUAUUAUGGCUGGAAACUGUUUUGAUACCAGUUCUGGUAUUAGAAUGACACCAGCAGCUAUAAAAUCGAUUUUGUUUAGCCUCCAUUAAUGGUGCUAGGCACUUAUUGCUAUAGUUUUCCUUUAAUGCGUCUCUUUCGAUCACCUGUCAGUAUGAGUCAAACUGUGACGAGUUCUUUAUCAAAGCAAAUGGAAAUGUUUUCGUGUUGGCUGUGGUCUGUCGUGCUCGUAACCACAUCAGUCUGUGAAAUAGUGUUGCACAGUAGUAAACUGUCCAUCGCUGCAUUGCACAGGUCGCGGACGGAGUGCGCCACAAUCGUCACAUGAUAGCGCAAGGAAGACUGAAAGCAAAAUGUAGGCGCCCGUUCCUCCGCCACGUUAUCUCGUCGUCGUCUUUUUUGUAUUUUUUGCACACUGAAUAGAUUGAGUCUAUAACUGCAAUAU